GUAGAGCCGUACUACAGAAUGACCGUCUAUUGUGCAGGGGCAGCUAACGGUGGAUACGACGGUUGGAAGUUUCUGUGGGAACUGUAUAAACGAGAGACUCAGCCCGUCGAAAGCAUUAGCCUCUUGUACGGAAUCUGCUGCACUCGAAUUCCGUCACUGAUUAGCAAGAUAAUGGAGCAAUCGAUAACGGACAAACCGUUCAUUCGAAGGCAAGAUGUCGGCAACGUCUUUGCUUACCUGCAGAGCAAUGCGAUAGCCUCGAAAAUGGCAUGGGAUUUCUUUGUCACCAAUAUUAAGGAGAUCCUGAGACGGUGCAACUGA